AUGACAAUAAGAUAUUAUCGUUUUAUGCACUUAAUAGCUUCUUGUCCAAAUAAUAUUCUACUUAUUUCUACAUUUGAUAUGGAAAUUAUUUGGCAAACACAUCUUAUAGAACCAAAAAUGUACCUAGAUGAUUGCAUGAGAAUGGAACAAGCAUUUAUUGAUAGUUGUCGACUAUACGAAGAACGAUUUGGAGAACAAUAUGGUCCAUUACCAAAACCUGAAUACAAGAUGAAAAGCAUAGCGAAUGAAUAUAUUCUAGAAUUUUAUAUAUACAGAUGUCUCUUUCCAAUCUAUUUAUAUUGGGAUAAAACACAUUUUACAUUUUCAUUUACCGAAGCUGAUAUUAUUCUUGAUGGAAAUCAGCUCGGUUUAUGGAAAAAAUAUGAGUAA